GAUUGAUUCCCCAAAACUUUGUGUUCCAGGAGAUUGGGAUAGCAGUGUCCAGUUACAAAGGUUGCGCGCUAUCCAGCCUCCUUGGUUGCGGUAUAAAGUGGCUAUGACUUGGGUUAACUUUCAACUGAAUAUUCGGAUACUGGACUCUGAUCUCACAGCUUUAGUUGAGAUUAUUCACAUGCAUGUAAAGAGUCCAGUCAAGUUGGAAAAACCUGUUAGAAAAGUAAAAUGUGACAAGAGAGUGAUCACCAGAAAAUCACUUGUGGACAUCAAGAAAGUGACCAAGAAAAAUCAAUAUGGGGAAACAAAACUCCACAUCCUGUGUCAAAGGAGAAACAGUAGCAUUGCAGAAAUACAGAGUGCGCUAGCCAUGCCUGAGACUGAUAUCAACGCCAAAGACAACAAUGGCUACACACCCCUACAUAAGGCUGUAAUCUACGCAUCAGUCCUCAAGACUAAAUUACUACUGCAACACCAGAUUCUCCUUGGUAAGAGUGCUGUUGAUAUUGGCGCACAGAAUAAAGCAGGAUCUACACCCCUACACGAAGCAGUAAGGGUUAAAAGUUUGGAGUUAUGUAAGCUGUUGGUGGACCAUGGAGGUAAGAUGCUUAUUUAGGGCUAAAUUGGUUGUAGACAACCAAAUAUAUUGUUAGUUUUUAUAAUAGUGCCCACAUUUGACUAUUUUUAUGAUAAAAUAUUUCUAUGAUACA